GCGCUCUUUCCCUCCCCCUCUCUCCCUCUCUCUCUCUCCAUUAAAGCGUUUCUUGUUGCUUGCUUCUCCCACACACUUUCACCGCACGUUGACGCAAAAUUCGACCAAAAUCUUUAGCGUUCCUCCAUCACGAAACGUGGGUUUCUCUCCCCCCUCUUCCUUUCCUUCUUUCCUGUCCUGCGCCCGAGCGGGACUUCGAUUCGCCUCCUCCUCUUCUUCUUCUUCUUCUUCUUCUUCGGAUCCGCUGGGAGAAACCCACUUCCAGUUUUUACUGAUUUUUCGGCAGACUGAUACGAUCGAGUUUUUUCUGCUUCCAUUUUCUUGGAUUGGCUCGGCGGUGGGGGGACACGAGAGAGUGCCCGGUUGAGGUCGCUCUCGUUGGUCUCGUUCCUGCGCGUUUUAGUUUCGCUGCGGUUCAGAAUUUUGCGGUUCGCGACCAGAUCGGUUCUGCUGCACUUCCAAAGAAAUUGGUUGUGCAGCCUUUGUUUCAGGCCUCUGUCUUUUGGUUGUUUUAAGCCUUUGAGUUUUGUAAUGGCUGGUGAAUUCUCAGUGACCCUUCCCAAUGGCAACUGCAAUGGGACUCCACCUGAUCCACAGAGGACUUAUCAAGUUGUUGUGGCUGCAACUCGAGAUAUGGGUAUAGGCAAGGAUGGAAAACUUCCCUGGAGGCUGCCCUCUGACCUCAAAUAUUUUAAGAGCAUUACUCUUACAGCAAUUGAUCCUGCGAAAAAGAAUGCAGUCAUAAUGGGUAGAAAAACAUGGGAAAGUAUUCCUGCUGAGCAUAGGCCUCUACCUGGCCGCCUCAAUGUUGUUCUCACUCGUUCUGGGAGCUUUGAUAUUGCAACUGCAGAGAAUGUCAUCAUAUGUGGAAGCAUGAGUUCUGCCUUGGAUUUAUUGGCUUCAUCUCCGUAUUGUUUAUCUAUCGAGAAAGUUUUUGUCAUUGGUGGUGGCCAGAUAUUUAGGGAAGCUCUUAAUGGUCCUGCAUGUGAUGCCAUCCACAUAACUGAAAUUGAGACACCAUUUGAAUGUGACACUUUUAUGCCCACGGUUGAUACAUCUGUCUUUCAUCCAUGGUACUCGUCCUUUCCCGUUGUUGAAAACAACAUCCGAUAUUCUUUUACUACUUAUGUCCGUGUAAGAUGUUCUGCGGUGGAGUCUCUGCCUGAGACAAAUGGUCUGAUCUUAAAUGGUAAGAGAGAUUCUGUUAAGUUGGAGGUCAAGAAUUUUACCUUUCUGCCCAAGAUGAUUUUUGAGAGACAUGAAGAGUACCUGUAUCUGAGAUUAGUCAAAGAUAUACUGUCAAAUGGCACUCCAAAGGAUGACAGGACUGGAACUGGUACCAUAUCAAAGUUUGGGUGUCAGGUGCGGUUUAAUCUGCGCAAAAACUUCCCUCUUUUGACAACUAAGAAAGUAUUUUGGCGUGGAGUUGUUGAAGAACUUCUGUGGUUCAUAAGUGGUUCUACAAAUGCCAAGAUUCUUCAGGAAAAAGGCAUUCAUAUAUGGGAUGGCAAUGCAUCUAGAGACUACCUUGACGGACUUGGUCUGAAAGAUCGAGAAGAAGGUGACUUGGGACCAGUUUAUGGUUUUCAGUGGCGGCAUUUUGGUGCUAGGUAUAGUAAUAUGCAUGCUGACUAUACUGGCCAAGGAUUUGAUCAGUUGUUGGAUGUUAUUUACAAGAUUAAGAAUAAUCCAGAUGAUCGUCGAAUUAUACUCUCUGCUUGGAAUCCUUCUGAUUUGAAAUUGAUGGCGCUUCCACCUUGCCACAUGUUUGCACAGUUCUAUGUUGCAAACAAGGAAUUGUCAUGUCAAAUGUAUCAGCGCUCUGCUGACAUGGGAUUGGGAGUGCCAUUCAACAUUGCUUCUUAUGCUCUCCUUACAUGCAUGAUUGCUCAUGUUUGUGAUCUUUCUCCCGGUGAUUUUGUACAUGUUAUCGGGGAUGCUCAUGUUUAUCGUACACAUGUUAGACCUCUGCAGGAACAACUUCAGAAAGCACCCAAGCCCUUCCCAAUUUUGAAGAUAAACCCAGAGAGGAAGGAUAUAGACUCUUUUGUAGCAGCUGAUUUCAAACUUAGUGGAUAUGAUCCUCAUGAUAAAAUAGAAAUGAAAAUGGCAGUUUAGAGUUGAAGAUUUGGUGGCAUGGAUUCAUGAUGGACUUCCUUGUCAAUUUUAUAUAUAGGAGGUAGGUCAUCGAAGAUUACAGGUUUCUGUCCUUCACGAGGUAUUCUUGACUGGAUGUACCUAGUGCCUUGCAAUAUAGGAAGUAAGAAUCUUCAGUUUACCCAGAAUCAUGGUGGUUCUAAGGUGAUUUAGGAUGUUCAUUUAUCUUGCUUUCUCAAGGAGUUCAGUCUGGGUGCAUAGCUCUUGCUCCAUGACAGACAGAUAAACCUUGGAAGUUGUUUGGUUUGCCUGAGACUGUUUAGCAGAUCUGGAAACUGAGUUGCUGCACUUUUACCAGUCAAAUGACCCAAACUGAUUGAAUCUGAAUUACUGGUUCUGUUUUGCAUAUUUAAAUACUUGGAACUUCUUGGAAUCUGUAUUAACGUUGCAUCCGUCAUUAAUCCCUAUACUCUGGGUAGGAUCUCAAUGCCAUGGACCCUGAAUUGAAUUUUAAAUUUCAGCUAGUUAAUUAUAAACGUCGUUUCAUGACACAUCUGGUGAGGCAAAUUAUGUUGCUAACUAGAAGGUAACUUUGGUGUAUCUCAACAUAUGAUAUUUGUUUCACUACUAAUGAACAUACUUUGACCUUCA